GGGAGGGGAUGGGGACCGGGCCUUACUCCUCUUCCUUCUCUUUGCAGGGCCCUGGAGGAAGGGAAAACCAGGGUCCCAGGAUUGGGAGGAGGGGCUGCUGGGUUGCAUGGACGGGGUCCCGAGGUUGGGUCAGGAGCCUCAGAGGGGGAGUGAUCCUUGAGGUUAGGCCAUUAGGAGUAAGUGGACAGUCAGCAGGAGAUAGUGGGAUUCAGGCCAAAACCCAGACCGAGGUUAACUCGGCCAGGGAUCAGUGCAGGUCAGAGCAGCCGUGGGGCAGCCGGUCCCGGGGCCGGGGAGUUCCCAGUGGCCAGUGAGUCAGGCCCUCGUUCUAGACGGGCUGUGGAGUUCACCGGCUGGCUCCAUGGUAAUGACCCCCCGCCAUGGAGUGCAGCCUCUGCUGUAGCGGCCUGAGCCGGGGUGCAGGCUCAGGGACAGGGUCCUCCAUCCGCAGAGGAUAUUGACCCCAUCCCCGAGCUGGGUAGGGCGGUGCCAAUGCUGAGAGCUGGAGUGCAUUUCUUCAAGCUGAGAGGAAGGCUGAAGAGGUGGCACCCAGGCCGGCCAGCUGUCAGGAGACAGAGCUGGGAGCUCCGUGGGGCGGUCAGAUACUGAGAUUGUCAGCCAAAGCAACCCAUGUCUUUCAGGCAAUUGGAGAGACAGCCGGAGAGGGUCAGUUAGACGUGCUGUCAGCCAGGGGCAAACGGCCUGCUCAUUUGGGUCAAGGACAUUCGGGUGGUUGCAGACAGGCAGACAGUCUGUUCCCUGGAGACGGUCAGGCAGCCGGCUAGACCUGAAGGGUCCUGAGCCCGCUGAAGGGUCAGCUGGGGCCUUGGGGCAUUGCGUGGCCAGCAGGCCGGAGCUUGUCGUGUGCUGGAGCAGAGAUGGGCAGCUGACAGGUCACAGAGUUUAGAGACUGUCAGGUGGUCAGUGUAGCCCACACGCAGGGCCGAUCGUGGGUCAAGCAGCCCAUCAGAGACACCUGGUGGGAAGGUCAAAUGGCCGGCCAGUCACGGCCGUGGCUGGAGGUUGGCGGGAGGUCGGCCUGAGCAGCCCACGCAUUGGGCGCUCAGUCAUUUGGGUCCCUUGUCAGGACAGUCAGAGACAGCAUUUGAGUCAUUUGGGCUUUCUCAGGGCCCUAGAAGCCUUGCAUGGCCGCAUAGAGUCGGCCUGUCAGGAGCCUGGCCAGAUGGUCAGUGCCCCCGGACGCGGCCAAACUCCACACACCCAGCCUCAAGGCUCUCCCACCUCGGGGCCCCCAUGGCGGCCUCCCAGCUGGCGGCGCUGGAAGGGGCGGAGCCGCGGGCGGAGGACCCGGCCCUGACCGAGCGCAGCCCCAGCUUCCUGUACUCCGAGGGCCAGCGGCUGGCGCUGGAGGCCCUGCUGAGCCAGGGCGCCGCGGCGUUCGGGGCGUGCGUGCAGCGCGAGGGGCUGCGGCCCUUCCUGAGCGCGGACGAGCUGCGGGGCCUGGCGGCGGCGGCUGAGGACUGGACGGCAGCCCAGCGGGAGCCCGGCGGGGCAGCAGAGGGAGCCGACGCCACCGCUGGAGACUCUGGCAGCCUGACUUACUGGCCGGGACAGUCUGAGGAGCCGGUGCCCACGCUGCGGCUGGGCUGGCCGGAGGACUCGGGGUGGAAGGGCAUCACACGGGCGCAGCUGUACACCCAGCCACCGGGCGAGGGCCACCCUCCCCUCAAGGAGCUGGUGCGCCAGGAAAUCCAGGCCGCUCGCAAGGUGGGGCCCCGGGGGCAGGGGGGCUCAGUGUCCGUUCCCCAGACCCAGACCUGGGGGUGCGCGUCCUCUGGGGCCGGGGCACUCUCACCCAGGCCCUCCUGGGACUUUCAGAGCCACUCCCCUGGAGCCCCGAAGCCCACAUGUCCCAGGCCACAUCUGGGCCAGCCCUCCCACCCUGGCGCCCAGGACUCCCCUGAGGACCCAGGUGUGUUGCCAGCCACAGCGCUCUGCAAAGGCACCCAGCUCGCCAGUCUCAGCGGCAGGGCUGCCGUGUGGUGUCACAGCCCCGGGGACACCAUUCACCAUUGCAGACGUGUGGUCACGCUGGUGGCCCUGGUCAUGGACGUCUUCACUGACCCGGACCUGCUUUUGGACCUGGUGGAUACCGCCACCCACCGCUGGGUGCCCGUCUACCUGCUCUUGGACCUCCAGCAGCUCCCCGCCUUUCUGACGCUGGCCCAGCAGCUGGGGGUGAACCCCUGGGCCACUGAGCAUCUUAAAGUGUUGAGCUCACAUCAGCCCUCGGGUGGUGACCUCGGUGGCUUCCGUCCUCCAGAGGGAGAUGUCGAGGGGUGGCAGGACUUGCCCGAAGCCACGGUCACACAGCCUGCCCCAAGACCAGGUCGAGGGCUGGUGGCGGGGGCCGGCCCAGGCCCCUGGGGCUGCGUGCAGGUCCUGACACCUGUCUCCGUGACACCCAGCUUCACGUGGAGCGAUGCGCGCCUGCACCGUGGCCUGGUGACCCUGCUGACCGGGGAGAUCGCCGAUGCCUUCAGCCGCGAGUUCCGGACACUGUACGCAGCCUCCUGGCCGCUCCCUCCUGCACCCGCCCUGGGUCCCUUGGUCAGCACCCUGGGGAUGCUCCAGCUGGCCCACAGCCCACACCACGUAGCCCAUCGCCGCCCUGUGGCCCCCGUGUCACCGCCACCGCCCGACGCGUCACCGCUGGCCCAACGCCUGGCCGCCUGCCGGGUCUUCCAGGGGGACAGGCGGGAGCCCCCGGCCAUGCCAGGGCUGGCACUCAGCGACAUCCUGAGGAACGUCCAGCGCACCCCAACGCCCAGCGGCCCGCCAGCCCGGCCCAGCCGCUCCCUGUGGGACCUGAGCCGCCUGUCCCAGCUGUCAGGCUCCAGUGACGGUGACGGUGAGCUCAAGAAGUCCGGGGGCUCCAAAGACACCCCAGCCAAGGCCCUGAUGAGGCAGCGGGGUGCUGGUGGGGCCCCCAGGGGUGAGGCCGGCCCCCCGCCCCUCACCUCUGCCCGCCGCCUCCGCUACCUGUCCCCCACCCGACAGAGGUUUGGUGAGGAUGCUGCACCCAAAGCCCCGGAACCCAGAGGUGGCUGGCAGCCAGACUGGGCCCCCCGGGCGGGACUCGGGGCAGCCGUGACGAGAGCCAAAGCCAACUGGGCUGGCCCGACUGAGGAGAUCCGGGCGACAGUCAUCGCGAAGCCUCUGCCUCGCGGUCGUGUCUCUGGCCUCAGAGCAGAGAAGCAGAAGGAUUUUUUUCCCCCGCUUAUUCCAAAACUCGGGCAAGCCCCAGGCCCACGCUAGACCUCAGUGUGACGGUCUAGAAAGUGGGCGGAGCUCCGGGCAAGCCGGGAUCCUAGAACUGCAGACAGCUGGUUCCCGCCACCUCCACACCUGUCCCAGGGGAGGCCUGGCUGAGGGGCCCCCACGCUGGACUGUGUGGGGUGAAGAUGGGGCGUCUCUGAGAUAAGACCGGGGGCUUCCUGACCCAGCUGCUCAGGAGUGUGGAUAAACUGAGCUUGGCCACGGGGACUGGACCCUGAUCCGGGGAGUGGAGCUUGAGUAAUGAGGGACCGGAGGUGGGUGGGGACACACACACCUGCGUGGGGGAAGGGGGUGGAGGGGGGAAGGCCCGGGGCCAUGGAGAGGGACCCAGCAGGC